GCAGUAACAGUUUCCCCGACAAACUACCGGAAGUAGAAGAAGAAUGACUUCCUUCGUGACGUAGUUAGAUAAAUGGCGCUCCCGCACAGGGCGGACUGUAAACAUUUCCACGGUUCCAACUGUCGGUUCAUGCGUGGAGCGGACGGCCGGUCCCCCUCCGAGCAACCGGAACCGAAACGAACGGGUAACUAAUGGAGAGCGAGGACGCGCAGGCGGCGGAGGACCCGGAGGUGAGCGCGCUCCGGGAGAAGGUGGAGUCGCUGAAGAACGAGCUGACAGAAUGCAGAGCCGAGCUGGACAAGCUGCAGAGGCAGCUCAGCCACUCCGAGAGGCUGCAGAGGAGCACCGAGAGCUACAACGAGGACCUCCGCAAGCAGGUUGACCAGCUGAGUGCAGAAAUACAUGAACGCAAGAAAAAAGACAAAGACAAAGUCGACACUGAGACUCAGACGGAGGAGUACGAGUGGACGGAAACUGACUAUUACAACUACUACUACGGAUACUACAAUCAAAGUGCGGAGGGGGCGGAAAACUGUCAGGAAAACGCCAAUCCUGCAGCCACCGCAGUGGAGAUGAGCGAUGGCAGCGCCGCCACCGAAGUGGAAAUGACCGUCGCCAGCACCGGCGACGCCGCAGCAGCAGAGACUGGAACAGUGAAUGAAACCGCAGCUGUAGAAGUCUCCGAUCCGGCCGCCAGCGCAGCUGUAGCAACGGUGGAGGAGAGCGACGGAGGAUCUAUAGCAGACAUGUUGAGAGCCACAGCUGAGGAGGCCAUGACGCAGACCGGCUUCGUGUUCGAUGAAACCUCUGGGAUGUAUUACGACCACAGCACCGGCUUUUACUACGACUCGGCCAGUCAGUUGUACUACGACGUCAACACGAGUAUUUACUACUACUACGAUGCCGAGAGCGGGCGGUAUCAGUUUCAUUCUCGGAUCGAGGUUCCCGCCACGCAGAGCUUUACGGAGCCCUGGAGAGACAAGAACGACACCGACAAACAAGGCAGGAAAUUCAAGAAAGGGACCAGGAAAUCAUCCCAGCACGAUGACAAGGAACCGAAAUCUAACGAUGAAAAGCCUCAAAAAGAAGAAGCCGAUUCCGUCGAUCGGCAUUCGGCCAAAAGAAAAACGGAUUUAGGAAAAUCGAAGCGGAAAUCGCGCAGCCCGGGGAAGAAGUCCUCUAAACAUCGGGAAGACAAGGACAGGUCGUCGAAGAGGAAACGACACAAAAAUGACUCACACCACGAAGACAGGCGGAGAUCAAAGAAGAAAAAGAAGAAAUCGAAGUCAGAAAAGCACAAGAAGAAGAAGAGCAGGACUCGGAGCGACGACUCUGAAGGUGAGAGCGAGCCGGAGGAAGGAGAGAUCACAGAGUCGGAAAGGGAAGAGUGCGAAUCCACUCGCUCAUCGGCGUCGUCUUCGAGCGCUCCGUCCAAGCAGAGUCCCGAGUCAGACGUGGAUGAGCCAAGUCAGCCAGCCAAAGAGAUGUGGCCUCCAUGUGUGAGAGUGACUGUGGUCCGGUCUCCCGUGCUGCAAGUAGGAACUCUGUUCAUCCUCACUGCCGACUCUUCCGCCACCUUUGGCAGAGAAAAAGACAUGGACCAUGCAGUACGAAUACCAGAGAUGGGAGUUAGUAAGUUCCAUGCAGAGGUGUACUUUGAUCAGGAGCAUCAGAACUACAUGCUGGUGGACCAAGGAAGCCAAAACGGGACGGUCAUCAACGGAAACCGGAUACUACAGCCCAAGACCAAGUCCGAGCCCCGCCCCCUGAUGCACGGCGACGAGGUGAAGAUGGGGGAGACAGUUCUGUCCUUUCACAUCCAUUCAGGGACGGAUACGUGCGAUGGCUGCGAGCCCGGCCAGGUGAUGGCUCACCUCAGCAAGCACAAGAGAGAGGAAGCUCCAGGUCCGGGCCUCGCCAAAGAGGAUAAGGAAUCUCUGAGACAGAAGGAACUGAAGCAGAUGAAGGCCAAAUACGGCCUGCAAAGCACGGAGUACGAAGAGACCAAAUCAGUGAAGAAUCCAAAGUACAAAGACCGAGCAGAGUCUCGACGGCAAACGGUGGGAAGUGAAGGAGUCUUCCAGCGAGACGACGCUCCAGCUUCUGUCCACGAAGAGAUCAGCGAGGUCAACAAAGGCCGGAAGAUGCUGGAAAAGAUGGGCUGGAAGAAAGGAGAAGGCCUGGGAAAAGAGGGGACCGGGAUGAAGGAUCCGAUUGAGCUGAAAAUCCGAAAGUCCCAGUCCGGUUUGGGGGCCGGCGCUACCAUGUCUGUGGACGGGAUGUCCAUCGCCCAAACCAAGUCCCAUAAGAACUGGGAGAAGGCGCGCGAGCGCUUUGCCGACUCCUGCCAGGUGGAGCAGAAAGCCCCGGCGUCCAAAGCCUGGGUCCGAUCCGGCGAGGCGCCGACCUCCGAGACCAACAACGGAACGGACGGACAAAAUCAGGGCUGAUGGGAACACUUAGGAACAUUUUUGUUUUAAAUUUGACCUCCACUUGAUAAUAAAACAUCCCUCAAAACUUCUGCUGGAGUUUUUGAAACUCAUCAGGGACACGUGCAGAAGUUCUGUCGGAUAGAUUUCUGCUCCUCCUUCAGAGGACACGAGUCGCUUCCAGCAAAUAUUGACACAGUUGUGAGAUCGUGUGGAAGCAGAAAAACCUUCUGUCAGACGUUAAGCUGCACACACCGCUUCAGCAAACCUGAAGCGGUGUGUGCAGCUUAUCGGAGUGUGUGAAUAUUUGCAUGUGAGUGUCAGAGGUUGCUCCAAACAGAGAAACCUACAGCAGUGGAUGUUUUGUAAAGUAUAUUUUUGCGGUUGUUUGUAAAUAAAGUGGAGAGAAGUGUCCACUCA